GCCCUGUGGGUAAGCUGCAACUUUGAGGAAGGGAUGCUGUGUCAUUGAGAGACAUGAAUCUGAAUAUUUUAUAAUUUCCAUUAAAAUACUCUCUCCCUUCCUCUUUUCUCGUGUUAUUAUACAGAAUCACAGAUCCAAUAAAACAACCAAGCCGACACUUACUAUCACCACCCUUUUUUACACCUUUUUACACCUCUCUCGUUCUCACCAACAACACACUCACUCCGUCAUUUUCUCUUGACUCAUACUCUUCACUUUCCUAUCUUUUCACUUCUUUCCCUUUUCCCUUUCUCUCACCAAACACACACUCUCUCUGUUGUUGUUAUUGUUGUUGCUAAGUUCUCUUCAAACAGUGAGUGUCAGAUCAAACCAAACAUCAUUUACAUUUUCAUCUCAACUCACUCUUGAUGUUUUAACACUUUGUUUCUUCACAACAUUUUAACAAGUUUCUUACUUCAACAUGCACAACCUCAAUCUCAAAUUUCAUUAGAGUUACAUCCUUGUUAGCAUUAUGGAUCAAAAAUCGUGGCCUUGGAGGAAAAAGUCAUCAGAAAAGACAAUUUUAACUACUGAAAAUGGAGAGGUACACACACUUCUUGCUGAUAAAGAAGAAUUGGAGAAAGACUUCAAAGAAUUAGAAAAUAAGCUUGCUUCGGCACUUUCUGAGUGUAAUUCUAAAGAUGAGCUGGCGAAGAAACAAACUAAAAUUGCACAAGAAGCAGUUGCAGGUUUGGAAAAAGCAAAAGUUGAAGUGUUGUCGGUGAAGCAAGGUCUGGAUGAAGCAUUGCGGGACAGAUUGGUUUAUGAAGAAAGAGUAGCCCAUUUGGAUGGAGCUCUGAAGGAAUGUAUGCAGCAGUUACGAUUUGUUCGAGAAGAACAAGGGCAAAGGAUUCAUGAUGCUGUGAUGAAGGCUUCAAAGGAAUUUGAAAAGGAGUGCAUGGUUUGGGAGGAUCAGUUAUCCGUGACAAGUAAAAGGCUGGCAAAAGUUGAGACUGAAAAUUCUCAUCUUAAUACAUCCAUUUUUCAAAGAGAAAAAUUGAUUGAGGAUCUGAAAAGACAAUUGACUCAAGCUGAGGCAGAUCAUAGUGCACUGAUGGUUAGAUUAGAGUCCACUGAGAAAGAUAAUGCUUCUCUGACAUAUGAGGUCCGAGUACUUGAAAAGGAGCUGGAGAUCCGAAAUGAAGAGAGAGAAUUUGGUCGUCGGACAGCUGAUGUUUCUCAUAAACAUCACUUAGAGAAUGUUAAAAAAAUUGCCAAGUUAGAAUCAGAAUGUCAGAGAUUGCGCCUUCUGGUUCGGAAACGGUUACCAGGUCCUGGUUCCCUUGCAAAAAUGAAAAAUGAAGCUGAAAUGUUAGGACGAGAUACCCUUGAAAUAAGAAGGAACAAGUUGAACUCAACUAGUUCAAUGGUUGAAUCUUCACUUGACAGUUCUCCUGGGACUCCUAGAAGAAUCAGUACUUUGACAGAGCAGCUGUAUGCCGUCGAAGAAGAAAACAAAGCGUUAAAAGAUUCCCUAAGUAGGAAAAUGAAUGAGCUCCAAUUCUCAAGAGUAAUGCUUUCUCGCACAGCUUCAAAACUUUUGCAACUCGAGUCGCAUAAUGAAGAAUCAUCUAAGGGUCAAGUAGCUGUAGAGCAGCUUAGAAGUAACCUUUGCGAAUUCUCUUUGGCAUCAACGUCUGAUAUUGGCAGUGAUGACAAGGUUAGCUGUGCUGACUCCUCGGCUUCUGCAUUGAAUUCAGAAUCAGAGCACUUCAGAAGUGGAAAACAAAAGGAAUCUUGGUCCUGCCGAAGCAUUGGAGCUUCAGACAUAAAUCUCAUGGAUGACUUUGUCGAAAUGGAAAAAUUAGCAGUGGUCUCUGUUGAAAAAGACCCUGAAAUCUCUGGUGCUUCUUUGAAAGAAGUUGCUGAGAUCAGUGGCUUCUCAGAGACUAGGAAAAAGGAGACUACCCUUGGUCACAUUUUGGACUUCUCAACAUCAAAUGAAAAAACAUGUGCCCUUGAUGAACUAAAGGAUAACAUUCCCAGUUGGCUUCAAGAUGUAGUAAAAAUGAUCCUGGAACAAAACCAUGUCACUCAAAAAAAUCCUGAUGAUGUACUCGAGAAUAUUAGAGUAGCUUUGAGGAAUCUGAGUAAUCCAGAUCCGCGCGUCUUUGGUUUGAAAGAAGUUUCUGGUCAUAUUGAAGGAUCUGAUCCUUCAAAUAACUCUUUGGUGGUAGUUCCAUCCAGUGAUGUAAAUAUUACUGACUUCUCGCCAAUAAAGAGAACCAAACAGCAAGCUCAUGAAGACCCGAGUAAAUCAAUAGGAAAGAUAAUUGAGCUGAUUGAAAGAAUCAACUUGCCUGCUGAGGAUUGUGAUAAUUCAGAUCCCUUGUGCACAAGUGAUGAGACUGUACCCUCAGUAAGUAAUUCAGGAACGCCAACGGGCUACAUGGUCCGUGUUUUCCAAUGGAAAACAUCUGAACUCAGCAACAUUUUACAGCAAUUUCUACAUGUGUGUUAUGAUUUACUGAACGGCAAGGUUGAUCAUGAAAAAUUUGCUGAAGAACUAACAACAGCCUUGGAUUGGAUAAUGAAUCACUGCUUUUCACUUCAGGAUGUUUCUUGUAUGAAGGAUGCCAUCAAGAAACAAUUUGAUUGGGAUGAGACACGAAGCGAAAGUGAAGCAGAGUUUGGGAUGAUAGGUCAUUUUGUAGGGGAAGAUAAGUUGCAUCAUCCUGCUGAACAGUUUCCAUGUUUUCCUCAAGAAACUACUUCAAAUGGUCAUGAUCUUCAGAGUCAGAGUCGAGAGAUGUAUUCUGAUGAGGAAGAAGAAAUUAAAAAUAUUAAAGGAAAAUUAAUCACUGCUGAAUCUCAAAAGGAAACAUUGGAAGGGCGGCUUCAAUCAGCUACUGAUAGGAUUGAGUCCUUAACGGAUCAACUUCGGGAAUCAGAGAAAACUAUUGACAACUCAAGACUAGAGUUACAAUCCUUAAAAGAAUCGCAUGGAAUACUUGAGGAUCAAAUAAAAAAUCACACAAUUAUGAAAUCAGAUCUUGAUGCACAGCAUAAAGAGGCUGAAUUAAAAGAGGUUGGUCUCAAGGUUUUGGAAUUAGAAGUGGAACUAGAGAACAAGAACCACAGUUGUGAGGAAUUAGAGACCAGAUGUCUUGAAUUGCAACUCCAGCUUGAAAGCAUGUCAAAGGAGGGCUCAAACCAUGAUAUCAACCAGAAAGACAAGCCAUUGCGAACUGACUUGGAGAUAACGGCCGCUUCAGAAAAGUUGGCAGAGUGUCAAGAAACCAUCCUUAAUCUUGGGAAGCAGCUGAGGUCAUUGGCUCUACCAAAGGAUGCAUCCCUUUUUGACAAUGUUAUUGCAGCACAGCCUAUCAGUACCACAUCCACCACCACCAUCACGACGACAAAAACGAAUCCUAUCCCUGCUCCCCUGAAAGUUAUGAAAAAGAAUCGAUCUUUACUCGAUCAGAUGCUAUCUGAAGAUGAUACUAAAUCCAAGGUUUCCAAAGUAAGUGACCGUGACUCCGAUCUCACCACCAUUCCAGGCAUUAUACAACCUCUGGAGAAGAUUUUAUCAUUGAAUGAAUUUAAAGCUCCAGAUGACAGUGUUACUGCUAAUGAUUUGGCCAUUGUAACUACUAAGAAACCGGCCGUUGUACCUACUAAGAAACCGGGAAGCGGAAGUUUGUGGAAGAAGUUAUUAUGGAAAAAGAAGAAAAGUACCAACACGAAAACAUCCCUUCCAUUGAACACUUGAAGUCUCAUUCGUAUAAUAAAUUGCAGUGUAGUUCAAUACGUAAGAAAUGAAAUUUUAUUUCUUUCCUGUAUUUUUUAUUGAAGGGACUUGACUGGUCUUUUGUGUUUUGAUCUUCUGUGUAUACAACUUAAACCUAACAACCGGAAUCUAUCAUUGUUCUUAUGAUAUUCUCCCUUUCCCUCCGUA